AUGCGUAAGCUCAGCUUGAACCUGAUCGCGCCGCUGGCAAUUGCAGCGCUGAUUGCCGCCCAACCGUCAAAAUCCAUGGCUGCAGAUGACAUUGUUGAUACGGCCGUCAAUGCCGGCUCUUUCAAGACUCUUGCCGCCGCACUCGAAGCCGCUGGCCUGGUCGAUGCCCUCAAGGGCGAAGGCCCCUUCACCGUCUUCGCGCCCACCGACGAGGCAUUUGCUAAUCUGCCCGAGGGAACCGUUGAAACGUUGCUGAAGCCGGAAAACAAGGAUCAACUCACCGGCAUCCUCACCUACCACGUCGUUCCCGGUAAAGUCAUGGCCGCCCAGGUCGUCGACCUCUCAGGCGCCACCACACUCAACGGACAACGCGUUGAUAUAAAAGUGAACGACGGGAGCGUCAGCGUCGACGAUGCCAGCGUUGUGAAAACCGACAUCGAGUGUUCGAACGGCGUCAUCCACGUCAUCGACAGUGUGAUUCUGCCCGCCUCCGACAAUAUCCCCACCACGGCCGAGAAAGCCGGCAGCUUCAGCACCUUGCUCGCCGCGGUUAACGCAGCUGGAUUGGCUGAAGCCCUCUCUGGCGAAGGUCCUUUCACCGUGUUUGCCCCCACCGACGAUGCUUUCGCUGCCCUGCCGGAAGGAACAGUCGAAACGCUGCUCAAACCCGAGAAUAAAGAAAAGCUGGCCGCCAUCCUCAAGUACCACGUGGUACCCGGUCGGGUCUAUUCGACGGAUGCGUUGAAGGCCAAGAAAGCCGAAACCCUUCAGGGAGCAAACAUUAGUAUUUCCGCUAAGGGCGGCAAGGCCAUGGUCAACAAGGCCGGCCUGGUGGCAACUGACAUCGACGCCUCGAACGGCGUGAUCCACGUCAUCGACGCGGUGCUUUUGCCUCCGGAAAAGAAGUUGGGUUCAACCGAGGCGCAGCAGAUGAUUCACGACGCCGUUGCCAAGGGAUCGAAGCUGUACAAUGAAGGCCAUCACGCUCGAUGUGCCGACGUGUACAUGUCAACUGCCCGUAAGAUGAUGAGCUAUGGUGACCAACUGCCGGAGAACAUCACGCACAGUCUGUCAUCGGCGGUCAGCCAGGCUGAAGGCAUGCAUUGCCCGAUCAAGCAAUCGUGGACGCUACGAGAAGGUCUUGAUCAAGCGUAUUACCCCGUGUCGAUUCGAAACCUUGUUGCCGUGCUUGGAGAUCAGCUCGAUCUCAACUCCGCCGCCUUCGAUGAUUUCAGCAAAGAAGACGACGUGGUGUGGAUGGUCGAAGUCAAAGAUGAGGCAACCCACGUCUGGACGCACAAGGUACGGAUCGCCAUGUUCCUCGCGGCUAUGCGGCACUUCCGCGAUGAUUUACUCGCUCGCGAAUACCGGGUCGAUUACCGGCAACUCGAUGACCCCGGCUGCCAAGGCGACUUCGCGAGUGAACUUGGAGUCGCCGUUCGCAAGCACCGGCCCGAGAAGAUUGUUCUAGUCGAGCCCGGCGAAUGGCGGGUCCGCGAACUCUUCCAGGAGACGGCCAAAGAAUUAGACGUCGACUUGGACAUGCGACCCGAUCGGCACUUCUUCGCCACGCACGAAAUGUUCGAAGAGCAUGCCUCCGGAAGGAAACAACUCCGGCAGGAAUACUUCUAUCGAGAGAUGCGUCGCGAGUUCGACAUCCUCAUGAAAGACGGCGAACCGCUUGGCGGCAAGUGGAACUUCGACUCCGAGAACCGCAAAUCAUUUUCAAAGGAAGGCCCUGAAGAACGCCCCAACCCAAAACGCUUCUCCCCAGAUGCAACGACUAAGGAAGUCCUCGAGCUGGUGGAAAAACGAUUCACUGACCACCCCGGCAAGCUCGAGCAUUUCGAUUGGCCCGUCACCCCCAAACAGGCGAAACAGGCUCUCGACGACUUCAUCGAACACCGGCUUCCCGAGUUCGGCACCUAUCAAGAUGCCCUGUGGACCGACGAGCCUUACCUCUAUCACUCGCGGCUUUCGGCCGCCAUGAAUUUAAAGCUGCUCGAUCCCAGAGACGUUGUGGACGCGGCCGAAAAAGCCUACCACACCAAACAGGCACCGCUGAACGCUGUGGAAGGUUUCAUCCGCCAGGUGCUGGGUUGGCGGGAGUACGUCCGCGGUGUGUACUGGAAGUUCAUGCCCAAGUACCUCGAGCGAAACUCUCUGAAAGCCAAAGCUUCGCUGCCCAAGUUUUACUGGACAGCAGACACCGAAAUGAACUGCUUGCAGCAGUGCAUUGGCCAGACGCUCGAUUACGGCUACGCUCAUCACAUUCAGCGGUUAAUGGUCACAGGUUUGUUCGCACUGCUGCUGGGCGUUGACCCUAAGGCCGUGCACGAAUGGUACCUGGCCGUGUAUUUGGAUGCGGUAGAAUGGGUGGAACUCCCUAACACAUUGGGGAUGUCGCAAUUUGCCGACGGUGGCAUCAUGGCGUCCAAGCCCUACGUCGCCACGGGGAAGUACAUCAAACGCAUGAGCAACUACUGCGAUGGUUGCCGAUACGAUCCGGAGAAAGCCACCGGCGAAGAUGCUUGCCCGUUCACUACGCUGUACUGGGACUUCCUCAUGCGACACGAAAAGUUCUUGUCCGACAACCAACGCAUGGGCCUGCAACUAAAGAAUAUCGAGCGAAAAAGCGAGCAAGAGCGACGGGAGAUCAAAAGUCAGGCGAAACGAAUCAAGUCGCACCUUUCAGCCAACGCUUGA